UAUUGCAUAUGGUAUGAGAAAAAUGAUAGAUGCUGAAUAAAAAAGAACAGAUAAAUCAAAUAAAAUUAUGUUUAUGGAUAGAGAAUGCUAAGAGUUAUAAAAGGCAGUCGAGGAUUUAGAGUAGAAAAUUUAAUAUACAAAAAAAGUUGAAACUGAGAAAUUAUAAAAAGUAACUAUUUUAAAUGUACUAAUUAAUAGGAAGCAGAAAACCAUAAAAAUGAAAUAGAAAAAAUUAGAGCAUACAAUAACUCUCUUAAAGAUGAGUUAGGCAGAUUAUUAGAAGGAAGAAGAUGACUA